AUGGCUUCUUUACUUAGCGGCUUCCGAACCGGCUUCCGUAGCAUCCCGCCUCGCGCUUAUGAAAACAUCUCUCGAUCCAAUCACCAUGACAGCGACACAGAGGAUAUCGAGACGAAAACAGCAGAGGUGGGUUCGAUGAAUUCCCGUAGCAUUGAUAGCAUCUCUAGAUUCCACGCAAUAUGCCUCUACACUCUAUCACUAGUACUCGCAGUAGCAUUGGCCAUCACGUUGUUGGGAGAAGCUGCAGACUGUGAUGGUCCUUUAGGUAGUUAUGAGAGAGGAUUUAAGACUGAAAUACGACCUGAUCGCAACACAUUGGCUUUGAAAAAGGUCAAGUUCUAUGGAGGAUUUGUGUAUGACGAGAACGGCACUGCGUCUCUCACCCAGCCACCUGGCCCUGACUAUUUUGGCAUCCCUGGUCGCGAAACAGACCACCAUUGGAAUCUCGAUUUGAAAGGCAUGUUUCAAACUACGAUCGAUUUAUUGCUGUUCCACCGAAAGACUGGCCUCCGGAAGCGGUUGAGUUCUUUGAAAGAGACUUUGUGCAUGGGACCAUACGUUUGGAGCAAGUUCUUUGUGAUCUAUCAGAAUUAUAUCAGAAUGUCACUGUCACCCGAGUGGUACUUUGGCCCCGCAGCAGACCCAGAUCCGCAAAGACCGCUUGAAAUGCAUUUGAAACACUGCUUAUUGCAGAUUCACCAGCUCCUUAAGUGUCAGCUUGAUAUGACUCCAAUUCCAAGAACUGAACUCGACUCGGGACUUCGAAUAGUGCCCGAGGCUCAUCUUUCAAGGGGCACUUUCUCUCUGAAAGGCACUCAUGAGUAG